UAGUGUUAAGUAGUGGUAGACGCGAGCCACCGUCGAAAGGACAUUUUAUGAAAACACUUAAAAGUUUACAAGCAACAACAAAAGCGAUGGCAGCACGCACUCGAAAACAUCAAAAACCCACUUGGCCUACGCUUCUACUCACCUGGAUCUGCUGCUUGGCAGUUGUGGCUGGCCAGGGUUUACGUUUGCCCGACCAGCAACCCCAACAACAGCAACAGCAACAACCGCAGCAGCAACAAAAUGUUCAACAGAUUUUCGUGCCACAACAACCGCAAUUGCAACAACAGCAACCACAACAACAACAGCAAUCGCCUGCUGUAAAUUAUGGCCAGGAGCGUGGCCUGGGCUCCGCUUUCUUAAGUUUAAUUGGUCUGCAGCAGGACAACGACCCCUAUCUGGCGCGCACCAAUCAAAACUGUGUGAGCGGCGAUUUAUCAGAGUGUUUCAAGACACAGGCGCUUAGCAGCUUUGAUGAAAUUUUCUAUCGUGAUCAAUACGCCUUGUCUGAUUUUGCACGCAUCAUUCGUUUGCCCGAAACGCAACAACGUUCGCUCUUACAAGAGCCAUUCGAGUACUCGCAGGAGCCGCUUAACGAGGACAGCGAUUGGGAUCAAUUGGUUAAAUACGCACUGAGGCGUGCCGAACGUUUCGUCAAGUCCACAGCUUUGGAAGUUGAUGUGCCCGAGGAGCUCACCGAGGCGGGCCGUUACUCGGCGCGCUUCAUAGGAAACGACAUUGAUAGCGAAUUGGACGUCAUUGAGGACAAGCAUGCGCCCCUCUUCAGUAAGUCGCGCUCCAAAACAUCACGCAAGAAGUUGAAGAAGAUGAUCAUCCCCCUGCUGUUGGUAUUGAAAAUCUUCAAGCUGAAAUUGUUGCUCUUUCUGCCUUUCAUCCUCGGCAUUGCUGGUCUCAAGAAAAUACUUGGCUUGGCUGCGAUUAUAUUGCCCGGUUUAUUUGCCUAUUUCAAACUGUGUCGCCCACCAGGUGGUCCCGGCUUCGGUGGCGGCGCUUUCUCUGGCCUCUUUGGCAGCAAGAACACCAUUCCCGAAUACUCGCCACAAGGUGUGGGCUCAGCCACUUACUAUCAUCAUCAUGAGCACUACGAUGGUGCUGGUAGUUCACCAUUUUAUCGGCAGGAUCCUGCCUUUUCGAAGCCAUACACAGAUUAUUACAGCAAAAAUUACCAAACAGGUGCUGGUGGAGGUGCUGGCGGUGUCAGUAACUCAGUGAGCUUUGGUGAUGCUCAUCAAGCGGCUUAUUCGGGAUAUUAUGGCCGCAGUACCGGCAAGGAUAUACAGAGUGAGCAGAAGAGUUAAGGCAAAGGUCUAAGGAGAAGUCGUUGCCAUCUUACCCGCACGCCUGUUCGGAGAGUGUGCAGGUGUUUUUGAUUAUGUUUUUGUUUUUUAUUUAUUCACAGUUUUUGUUAUUUUCAUUGAAUUUGUUGUACGCUUGUGCGUGUUUUCAUCGACAGUUGGAUUUGUAUAUAAUUUAGUUGCUCAAUUUGUAAGUGUUGCAUUGAGUGCAUAUCCCACUAGCCGUAGCUUAAUUAUUUAUUAUACCCAUUUGUUUGUAUGUACUUUGCAUAAAUAAAUUAUAAGCCAUUUUCGUAAAUUGUU